GUUCAACCAGGAAGUAAAUGUAUUUUGUGCGGUUCUCUUAAUACAUCCGUGGGUUGGGUGUGCAGUCUGCCAGAGAUAUCAAACCGUGGCUGUUUAACACCUUUAUACAUCAGAGCAAUGUCUCCCGAUGAGCUGGUGUACCUGGGAAUUCUUGCUGCCUCCAUCCCUGUUGGAUUCCUCUUUCGUUACCUCAGUCCUCCUGUGAAGCAGGGGGCAUCUCUUCUUCUGGGCCUCUCUAUCGCCAUCGCCACCUGUCACAUCCACACCCUUCACUCUCUGGUGACGGUGAUUGGAACAUGGAUUAUUAUAAAGAGCAGCUGGAGGCAUGCCCCAGCAUUGAGUCUCACCUGGACCUUUCUCUACCUCCUCUUCUUUCGUCUGGUCACUUGGUUCGGUCUGCCACCACCGACACCUUUUGCCAACGCCAUCCAGCUACUUCUCACUCUCAAGAUGGUGAGUCUAGCGAACGAGGUGCACAGCUUCCACACGGAGAAGAAAAAGGACGUGAGCUCUUUUGCCAAGUCUCCCGUCAUUGGUGGUUUGUCUCAGGAGCCCUCCCUCUACGAUAUUCUGUCCUAUAGCUACUGUUACGCCGGUAUAAUGACCGGUCCGUUCUUUCGCUUCCAAACGUACAUUGACUGGCUGAGGCAGCCGAGCCCGCAGGUCCUGCCUGGCUGGGUGCCGUGCCUGCAGCGCCUGAAGCUGGUUCCUGUCUACGGUGCUCUGUUUCUGGCUGUCAACUCUGUCUUCCCACUGGCCUACGUUCGCACAGAGGAGUUCCUGGAUCAAAACUUUUUCUUUAGGUUAUUCUACAUGAUAGCAGUGUUCUUUGUGUUUCGGAUGCGUUUCUAUGCAGCGUGGUGUGGCGCUGAGGCCGGUUGUAUCAGUGCAGGUCUGGGCUGCUAUCCAGAAAAGGCGCUGUCCAAACCUGGAGGAGGACCCACCGUCAACUACAGUCCUGAUCCCACAGCUGAAGAGAAAUAUGACUUCAAAACCAUCCAGAACAUUGACUGCUACAACACUGACUUCUGUGUGAAGGUCCGUCAUGGCAUGCGUUACUGGAACAUGACAGUGCAGUGGUGGCUGCAUCAUUACAUCUACCCCAAUGCUCCCUUCAAAGCCUACGCUCUCAGGGCCGGCUGGACCAUGUUCAUCAGCGCCUACUGGCAUGGACUACAUGUCGGCUACUACCUCUCCUUCCUCACCAUCCCCCUGUGCAUCGCAGCCGAGUCUGCCAUGGAGGCCUCUGUCCGAGCUAAGCUGGGUCCUUUAGGACAGAACAUCUUUGACUGGGUUCACUGGUUCCUGAAGAUGAGGGCCUACGACUACAUGUGCAUGGGCUUCGUGCUGCUGAAGGCCUCUGACACCAUCAACUACUGGAUGUCCAUCUACUUUAUCAUUCACAUCAUCGCCGUUUGCUGUAUAAUAGUCGGCAGGGCUCUGAAGGUGGGGGAAAGGGAAGAAAGAAGAGGGCACAAGGAGAAGAAAAGAGAGGGAGAGAAGAUAGAAAAUGUGAAAACUGGAGAAAAAACAGACUGAGUGGAGGUACAGAGAAGAACUGGGUGGUACUGUUUUGGGACAUGAGGAGGAGUUACUUCAAGACAUUGAUCAAUCGCACCAACACUCAUCAUCAAAUAUAAAAGUUGUUAAAGUUAUUACAAAAUACAUUAAAUCAAACAAAAGUGUGACAAGUAAAAUCUGGUCAAAAACAUUCCAUAUAUGUACCAGUACGUACAAGUACUGUGAACACUGGGAGAGGAAUAUUUGAGCUCAAUGAAUGUUACUUUUGUAGUGUGAGGCAAAUGGUGUGUAAAUAGUUAUAUCACUCCCCUCAUCUGAGCGUCUGCCUGUCCAGUAUGUGUGCUUUCAUUUUACCAUACCAUUCCCAGUUUUAAGUGAACUGUAUUACUGGUCAAGAUGCUGUUUUAAAAACAGGCAGUAGGGCGAGUCAAACAACCAACAACCAACUUAAGCCUCAUAAUGAUAUGUUAUAAGGGAAGCAAUUGAAUGGGAUUAAAUUGAGUUUGCAUAAACAACAAAACAUUCAGUAUGGAUAGAUUGUGAUGGAAAAAAAGAAUAUGAUGGUGUCAUCAUUAGGGCUCAGCUAUUAUUUUUGGGUGUGAGCAUUAUCAAAGAAACAGAAUAAUCCUGCUGCAGUUUGUUGUCUUAAAUCAGCACCUUGACUGUUUUUGACCACAAUAAAGAGUUUAAAUGGGAUUAGUCAAAUGCAGAAAAGUUACAACGUAAUUUUAGGUUGUUUUAGGUUUAAAGGAGCAAACCAUGGUCCAGAUACAUUUUUAUUGCUGCCUAAUUACACUAGGACUUGUUUAAGUGUUUUAGAUUUCGGUUGUCAGCAUUAUAAUGCUCCUUAUUCAUUUUUUUGAACAUUUCUGUGCUUUGGUUUACUUCCUUGAUCAAGUGAAUCCAAAAUGUCUCUGUUUGGAUUUUUUUUUCCCUUACGGUGGUUUUGCCUGUAACUCUGAGCAUGUCAGGAACAUCUGCACUGACAUCUCUGUAGCUGUGUUGCAUGUGAUGAAGAGUGUGCCAUGUGUAAGAUAGCAACAGUCCGUUCACUGCCAAAAUGUCUGUACUGCCAUCGUGGAUCAUUCAGGGUUGGGACCAAAUAUUUAUUACAAAAGGUUUUACAUCAUAACUAUAAGCUGCCAACAUAAGUCACAAAUAACAGCACAGCUAGGGCUGGGCGAUAUGGUUGAAAUCAUUAUCACAUUUUUAAAUAAGUUAUUUUCCAAUAUCGAUAUUAUAUAUAUAAUAUAUAUAUAAUAUGUCUAGAAUGAUAGCGUUAUAUGAUCAUAUCUUCAUGAUUCGUUUCUGCCUAAAGUUGAUAAAUGAUGAUAUUGAAUUAUCGCCCGGCCCUAACCACGAUAAACUGUGAACAGUUGGUAAACAUGUUGAGAGUUCUUUCACUCACUCCUGUCUCAAACUGUGUGAUGAUAGCUCUACUGUGUCUCUGUUUUAUUUCAGCAUGACUGCAGAAUUGAAAGGUCUUAUCUCCCAAUCUGUUUUGUUCUCCUGUUACCUGGAACUGAGAUCAUUUGAAUUACAAAUGUAUUUGUG